AGAGGUCUAACAUUUAUAUGCAUGACGGCCUGGUGAGGUGGCUGAUGUUGGUGCAUGCACCGAUGAUGGCCAGGCUAUUGGCAGACAGCAGUGGUGCAGCCUGCAGGGGCCGCUUUUGUACCUGCCCCCAAUCCCCAAUCUUUGCAACCCUCUGCAUUGAGGAUGUGACAUCCCCUAGGAGUCCCAUUGAAUGGUUCGGUCCCCAAGGACCCACUUCUCCAGUGCUCAACAGCUCCCCCCAGCAUUACUACCAUGGCCACUGGUCCUGCCGCCCCCGCUCCUCUGCCUAUCCCUACCCGGUUCGCUGUCGCUGUCCGGCUCCAUCGUCCCACACAGCGUGCAGUCCGUGGCACCACCGCCGCCUGGGCACACAGUCCCUGGGGUCCCGCCGGCAGUGGCGGGAGCGGUCGCCACACCCUUGCACGCCCGGGGACCCAGCUGAGACCGCCGGCCCUGAGGUGACGUAG